ACUUCAUUACUCUAGAGGCAGAGGUGCGUGUAGUACGCUGAUCACAGAAUCCUUCAAUGACCUUCCCAAAGUCAAAGUGGGUCUGGCAUCGCAAAUGGACAUUUGUGCGAUUUAUAUUCACUGUAUCACGGUACCUGCCAUUUUUUGGCAUUGGUAUGACAUUCACGGCUGCGCUUCGAACACAAUACUAUCCUGGCGAAAGUUGUGUUAGAUUUGGACAGGCUUCCAACGUGUUGCACAUCAUCUGCAUUAUAGCCGCAGAAGGCUUGCUAAUAACGAGGAUUCACGCUUCCUGGAGGAGCAAGCGCCUGCUGACAUUCCUUUUGGUAUUUCCUGUGGUUUGUUUCGCGGUCUCCUAUAUCAUCUCGGACACUCCUCUGGUGUUUAAUUCCUCAAACACGACUGCAAUUAACAUACCGAAUCCGGGCGACUGUCUUUUCACGGGCGGGAGGAACAACGUCUUCGAGUAUGCUGCUCUGUUACUCUAUGAACUGGUCCUCUUGUGCUUGAUGUUGUACAUCAGAUCCAGAAAGUACAGCAAUGCCAUCGGAUCACUCCAAGAAACAUUUUUCAAUGACUCAAUGAGAUAUAUGAUUUGCAUCAUGAUCGUGUCUUCGUUCAGUAUAGUUUUGACUAUGGUUCCUCCGAUUACAUGGGUUUCUAUCACAGACUCUCCGCAGAUCGUCAUCCACAGCGUUCUAGCUUCUCGGAUCCUUUUCAACCUACGAGCAAGUGAAGGACGAGCACGAAUUCCUACAUCACUAGCGGAUGUAUCUGCGAUGCAGUUUGGAGAAGCUCAAUUCUCGACAGUGGUACUUGAUGUUUAAUCGACAUUAUGUGUGUAGUGUAUUCAUGUCAAAUAAUAGCUAUAUUUAGGAACUACAUUGUCUGUUUAUCUGCUUGGGACCUAAGGGGCAUUUCGAAAAUGCUGACCAGACCUCAACUAUGCUGAGCUAUUAAA